AUGGCCGACCAGGAGACCCACCGCUCCGGACGAUCGACCUCUUCCAAGUCCAAGCACCACUCGAGCUCAGGGAAAAAAAAGCAGAAGGGCAAGCACAGUAAAGGGAAAGCGCAGAAAGGGCUACAGGAGGUUCAGGAGCUCCAGCUGUGUGCGGAGGCCACAGAGCUCUCCGGUCAGAUGGAUGUGCUUGAAGUGGCGGACGAGGCCUCGCAGGGCCAGAGACUGAGAGAACAGUUUAAGAAGUGCGUGGACUUACCGGGCGUGACCAGCGACUCAUGGACGGCGGAGAAUGAGCAGGCCCUGGACAGCUUCGCGUGGGACGCCAGCGCCCGCCUCCUCACCGUGUACCUGGACCCCUCCACCGGGCUGCGGGUGGACUCCGGCCUGCCAGCUGAGACGGAGGAGCAGAUAGCCUAUUUCGUCCGGAUGGAGGAGAUGGUGAUCGUGGAGGAGAACUUCGAGCGGGUGGUGCUGUCCGGCAGACACUGGUGCAGAGGCAUGGAGCAGCUGCUGUGGUACCUGAACGGGAUGCACGUGCCCCUGGUCGCCCUCAGCACCGCCUGGCCCGAGACCAUCAAGAACAACUACACCGCCAACCUGCACCGCUUCCUCACCAACCUCACAGAUAACAAGUUCAAGUUGGAGGGGAAGACGGUGCUGUAUAUUCCCAUGGAGGCUCUGCUCUCCAAGCCGGCGGUGGCUGCCAAGGACAAGGAGCUGGUGCAGAGGAUGGAGGUGGUGAUGAUCCACUGGACGAGGCAGAUUAAGGAGGUGCUGAACACCCAGGAGACGCUGGAGACGGGCGAGACUUCGGGCCCCCUGGAGGAGAUCGCCUUCUGGAGGAGCCGCUGCCUGGACCUGACCGGGAUCAGCCACCAGCUGGAGAAGCCCGGCGUCAGCCACGUGCAGGCCAUCCUGCAGCUCUGCAAGUCCACCUACAUCCCAGCCUUCUGCAAGCUCACCAAGCACAUCCAGGAGAGCUCCGUGCAGGCGCAGUCCAACCUGACGUUCCUGUCCCUGCUGCGGGAGCCAUGUGAGGAGCUGGCACGCCUCAAGCCCCGGGAGGUGGCGCCCAAACUGGCCCACAUUCUCAAGCUCGUCCGCUUCAUCUGGAUCAACUCCAAAUUCUACAACACCCGCGAGCGCCUCAUUUCUCUCUUCCGCAAGCUGAGCAAUGACAUCAUUGGGCUGUGCUGUCGGGAGAUCUCGCUGGACCGGAUCUUCGAGGGCUACGUGGUGUCCAGCAGAAAGACCCUGAGGGAGUGCAUCCAGUGCUGCUCACAAUGGAAGGACCUCUACUUCCACAUCUCCCAGCUCCACCACAAAUACUCCAGUGAAGGGUGGGUGUUAGCCCCGACCAGCAUCUUUGCUCUGGUGGAUGCAUUCAUCCAGAGGUGUGAAGACCUGCUGGAGGUGUGCGAGUGCCAGAAGCACUUUGCCCGCUGGGAGGAGGGGGUGCAGGUGCCCCUGCCCUGUUUCCAGGGGCGACAGGGGGAGGAGCUGACCGGCAGUCUGCUGGAGGUGGAGUCCGCCUUCAGCAGCUGCCUGCAGACGCUCAGCAAGUGCGCCCAGGCCAUCCUGGACGUCAAGAACACCGCCUGGCACGACAAGUACAAUAUGUUCCGUGCUUGUGUGAAGGAUCUGGAGGUAAUGAUGCAGAACCUCAUUUGCAAGGCCUUCGAAACGGUGAACACUGUGGAGGAGGGGAUACAGCUGCUCGACGUCUUCUAUCACCUGUCUGCCCGAGAGUCCAUCAGGCACACCAUUAACCUGAAGAUGACGGAGGUGUACGGGAUCUUCCACAAUGAGCUCAACACCCUGAAUAAGGAGCUGAGCCGGAAGGUGUGCUUCCUGCCGGCCCACAUCCCCAGCCACGCCGGCCAGGCCCAGUGGACCAUGGCCCUGCGCCGCAGGAUCCAGUGGCCCAUGGAGGCCCUGCAGAAGGCCCACUUCAUGCGCGAGAGCACCGACAGGGAGGAGGUGGAGCAGACGCACGGCCAGCUGCUGCAGGCCCUGGAGGAGCGCACGCGCCGCAUCUUCAGCACCUGGAGCCAGGGCCUGGACCAGCAGAGCCUGAUCCGCCUGGAGCAGCCCCUCAUGAACCGCUGCAGGGACCAGCCCAGCAAGCUGGACGUCAACUUCAACAAGGACCUGCUGAAGAUGUUUGGGGAGAUCCAGUGCUGGGACCGGCUGCAGUUUGAGAUCCCGCACUACGUGUCUGACGUGUACCAGCGCAGAGAGGACCUGCGCAACCUGAGAGAGAGCGUGCUGCUGGUGGUGCGAGACUACAACAGGAUCAUCAGCGCUCUUUCUCCAGAGGAGCUGGGCCUGUUCCGGGAAAGGAUCCGCUUCCUGGACAAAACCUUCCAGCCUGGCCUCUCCAAGCUCCUGUGGGCGUCCCGUAUGGAAGCUUCCGGCUUCUUCAUCAACGACUGCCGCGUACAGGCCAGCAAGGUGCAGCAGCUUGUGGACGAGUACAAGGCGGCCAACAUGGCCAUCUCGCGGAUCUGCUGCCGCAUGAGCGAGCUGCUGCUGGUGAGGAUCGAUGGGCAGACGGUGUACAAGGACCUGGAGUUCCAGGAGGACCAGCAGGCCCACCAGCAGGGCCAGCUCAUCCGCCUGCACUCCUCCCACCAGGACAUCGUCAGCAUCAUGGCCCGGGUCUACGAGACCUUCCGCUCCGACGGGCCCCAGGUGCAGGAGCACUGGGCCUCAUACACAGAGAACAUGGACGUCAUGGUGGAGGAGGCCCUGCGCCUCAACAUCAAGAGGUCCCUGCAGGAGCUGUCCAAGGCCAUCAACGGAGACAGCAAGACCACGCCCAACCCCCUCUUCAAGGUGCAGGUGGUACUGCAGCAGGCUACACCCGGCGCCAUUGAGCAGGUGGAGUUCUCCCCGUCGCUGCCGUCCCUGGCGGAGAGUGUGAACAGCAUCAGCAGCCAGCUCAUCGGCACCAUCUCCGUGUUCAAGCGGCUGCCUGACCUCCUCACCGCCCAGCGCUCGCACAAGAAGCCCAUAUACACCAUCAUCGAGCAGGAUGAGGACAUCUGUAAGAUCCAGGCCUUGAUCGCCACGGGGAUGGUGGCUAACAGGGCGCACCUGCAGGCCUACCUGAAGACCUGGGACAAGCACCGCGAGAUCUGGGAGAUCAAGAAAGACUCCUUCAUCCGUCGCUACCAGCGCCUCAACCCGCCUGUGUCGUCCUUCGACGCCGAUAUAGCCAGGUACACGGAGGUGGCGAAUAACGUGCAGAAGGAGGAGACGGUGCUGAGCGUGCAGUUCGUGCUACUGGACUGCUCCCUGCUCAAAUACUCCUUAGUGCAGCACUGCAACGACUGGCAGGAGAAGUUCACACAGCUGCUCAAUGUCAUGGCAACCAGCCGGCUGCAGGACCUGCACGCCUUCCUGCAGGACAACGGCCAGAGGCUGAGUCGGCCCCCUCAGACUCUGGUGGAGCUGGGGGACAGUCUGAAGCUGCUGGAGACCCUGCAGGGGGACCGAUGUAAGCUGGAGAGCCAGAUCCCCCCCAUCCAGGAGCAGUUCACCAUCCUGGAGAAGUACGAGGUCACUGUGGACCCAGCUGUCCAGGAGAUGUUGGCCAGUCUCGGGGGGGAGUGGGUGAGGUUCCAGCAGGUUCUCUUGGACAGCGAGUCCAUGCUGAAGAAGAACAAGGAGAAGUUCAGGAGCGGCCUCAUUGUCUCGGCCGAGGAGUUCAAGAGGAAGAUGCACACCAUCGUGGAUGAUUUCCACGAUGCAGGGCCGUUCAGCAGUGCGGUGGCCUCGGCCGGGGCCCUGGAGCAGGUCUGCUCCCUGCGCUCCCAGCUGGAGACGCUGAAGGAGGAAGAGCUCACCAUACGCCAUGGCCUGGCCAUCUUCAAGAUCGAGCAGCCGCCCUCCAAGGAGGUGCACAAGAUGGAGGAGGAUCUGGAGCACCUGCAGCAGGUGUGGCAGAUCAGGCAGGAGUGGGAGGGGCACUGGGAGGAGUGGAAGGUGGGCCAGCUGGUUACCCUGGAGACGGAGAGCAUGGAGAGCACUGCCCAGCACAUGUUCAAGAAGCUGCACAAGCUGAGCCGUGAGCUGAAGGAUAAGGACUGGGAAAUCAUCGGCUCGUCCAAAAAGAGGAUCGACCAGUUCAAGAAGACCAUUCCGCUCAUCGCUGACCUGCGCAACCCGGCCAUGAGGGGCAGGCACUGGGAGCAGAUUAAAGCGGAGGUGCAGCACUCUUUUGACCAGGCUGGCGCAGACUUCACCCUGGAGAAGAUCGUGGCCCUGGGUAUGCAUCGCCACGCGGAGAAGAUCAGCGAAAUAUCGGGAGCCGCCAGCAAGGAGCUGUCCAUCGAACAGUCUCUGGAGGGCAUAGCAGCAGCCUGGGAGGAGACCAUCCUGGACAUAGCGCCCUACAAAGACAAGGGUCACCACCGACUGAGGGGCACGGAGGAGGUGUUCCAGGCCCUGGAGGAUAACCAGGUGACCCUGUCGACCAUGAAGGCGUCGCGGUUCGUGCGCGCCUUCGAGAAGGAGGUGGACCGCUGGGAGCGCUGCCUGUCCCUGGUGCUGGAGGUCAUCGAGAUGAUCCUGACCGUGCAGCGUCAGUGGAUGUACCUGGAGAAUAUCUUCAUGGGAGAGGACAUUCGGAAACAGCUGCCCCGGGAGACCACUGAGUUCGACAAGAUCAACUCCAGCUGGAAGACCAUCAUGGACCGGCUCAGCAAGGACAACAAUGCACUCAGAGGGACACAUUACCCAGGGCUGCUGGAGAAACUGGCGGGGAUGAACAAUAAGCUGGAGGAGAUUCAGAAGUCCUUGGACAUGUACUUGGAGACCAAGCGGCAGAUCUUCCCUCGAUUCUACUUCCUGUCCAACGACGACCUGCUGGAGAUCCUGGGCCAGGCCCGCAACCCGGAGGCGGUCCUGCCCCACCUGAAGAAGUGCUUCGACAACAUCAAGAGCCUGAGGAUCGGCAAGAUGGGGAUCAGCAGUAAGACGGAGGCUAAUGGCAUGUUUUCAUCGGACGGCGAGUUUGUGGACUUCACCCACACAGUGCUGCUGGAGGGGCCGGUGGAGGCCUGGCUGUGUGAUGUGGAGUACACCAUGCGCUUCACCCUGAAGGACUGCCUGAGGAACUGCCGCAUGGGCCUGAGGAAGAUGACUGGGAAGAGGGACAAGUGGGUGAGAGACUGGCCUGGACAGAUGCUCAUCACUGCCAGUCAGAUCCAGUGGACCACUGAUGUCACCAAGUCUCUGAUGAUUGGCAAGGAGCGGGCGGACAAGACGGCCCUCAAAUCCAUGAAGAAGAAGCAGGUGUCCAUGCUGCGGCGGUAUUCGGAAGCCAUCCGCGGGAACCUGUCCAAGAUCCUCCGACUGAAGAUCGUGGCUCUGGUUACCGUGGAGGUCCACAACCGCGAUGUCAUCGACAAACUGGCCAAAGCCGGCUGCUGUGACGUGUCAUCCUUUGAUUGGCUGAGCCAGCUGCGUCUGUACUGGGAUAAGGACGCGGACGACUGCAUCAUCAGGCAGACCAACACGCGCUUCCUGUACGGAUACGAGUACCUGGGAAACUCCGGCCGCCUGGUCAUCACCCCGCUCACCGACAGGUGCUACAUGACCCUGACCACCGCCCUGCACCUGAAUCGGGGGGGCUCGCCAAAGGGCCCGGCCGGCACGGGGAAGACGGAGACGGUGAAGGACCUGGGCAAGGCCAUGGGCAUGUACGUCAUCGUGGUCAACUGCUCCGAGGGCCUGGAUUUCAAAUCCAUGGGCCGCAUGUACUCCGGCCUGGCUCAGACCGGAGCGUGGGGCUGCUUCGACGAGUUCAACCGCAUCAACAUCGAGGUGCUGUCGGUGGUGGCCCAGCAGAUCCUGUCCAUCCUGUCCGCUCUGUCCGCCGGCGCCACCAACUUCCUGUUCGAGGGCCGAGACAUCCGCUUAGUGUGGUCCUGCGGCAUCUUCAUCACCAUGAACCCGGGCUACGCCGGCCGCACGGAGCUCCCUGACAACCUCAAGUCCAUGUUCCGGCCCAUCUCCAUGGUGGUGCCGGACUCCACGCUCAUCGCCGAGAUCACCCUGUUCGGGGAGGGCUUCAACAACUGCAAGAUGCUGGCGAAGAAGGUGUUUACCCUGUACUCGCUGGCAGUGCAGCAGCUGUCCAAACAGGACCACUACGACUUCGGCCUGCGCGCUCUGACCUCUCUCCUGCGCUACGCCGGCAAGAAGCGUCGCGUCUGCCCCGACAGCGGAGACGAGGAGAUCCUGUUGAUGUCCAUGAAGGACAUGAACAUUGCCAAACUGACGGUGGUCGACCUGCCGCUCUUCAACGGCAUCAUCCAGGACCUCUUCCCCGGGGUGGACACCCCCACCAUCGACUACGGGAAGCUACAGAAGACCAUCGAGGCGGAGAUCCGGCAGGCCGGCCUGCAGGUCACGCCCUUCACCGUCACCAAGGUGAUCCAGCUGUACGAGACCAAGAACUCGCGCCACUCCACCAUGAUCGUGGGCAAGACGGGCAGCGGCAAGACCGUCACCUGGAGGACCCUGCAGAGCACGCUCACCACCCUGCACCGCAAGGGCGACCCCGGCUACAACGUGGUCCGGGAGUGCCCUCUGAACCCCAAGGCUGUGAGUCUGGGGGAGCUGUACGGGGAGUACGACCUCUCCACCAACGAGUGGACCGACGGGGUGCUGUCGUCCCUCAUGAGGGGCGCCUGCGCAGACGAAAGGCCGGAUGAGAAGUGGAUUGUGUUUGACGGGCCGGUGGACACUUUGUGGAUCGAGAGCAUGAAUUCUGUCAUGGACGACAACAAGGUGCUGACACUCAUCAACGGGGAGAGGAUAUCCAUGCCAGAACAGGUGUCCCUGCUGUUUGAGGUGGAGGACCUGGCCGUGGCCUCCCCCGCCACAGUGUCCCGCUGCGGGAUGGUCUACAACGACUACACCGACCUGGGCUGGAGGCCCUUCGCCCAGUCCUGGAUGGAGAAGCGCAACAAGGUGGAGGUGGAGCACCUGCGGAGGCUGUUUGACAAGUACAUCGAGGAGACAGUCAGCUACAGGAAGGCCCACUGCACGGAGCUGGUGGCCAUCACAGAGCUGAACGGAGUUAGCUCCCUCUGCAGGCUGUACGACGCCCUGGCCACGCCCGAGAACGGGGUGAUGCCAUCAGACACGGAGCAUUACGGUCGCAUGGUUGAGCUUUGGUUCAUCUUCAGCCUCAUCUGGUCAGUUUGCGCUUCCGUGGACGAGAAGGGCCGCAAGGUAAUGGACAACUACCUGCGGGAAAUUGAGGGCACUUUCCCCAACAAGGACACCAUUUACGAGUACUACAUCGACCCCAAGAACAAAUCCUGGGCCCCAUUCGAGGAUAAGCUCCUGAAAGGGUGGCGCUACCCGUGCAACUCUCCCUUCUAUAAGAUCAUGGUGCCGACGGUGGACACGGUGCGCUAUAACUUCCUGGUGAAGGCCCUGGUGGGCGGGCAGUACCCGGUGCUGCUGGUCGGGCCCGUGGGGACAGGGAAGACCUCGGUGGCCCAGAACGUUCUGCAGGGCCUGGACUCCUCCAAGUGGACCAUGCUCACCAUCAACAUGUCCUCCCAGACCACCUCCAACAACGUCCAGGCCAUCAUCGAGAGCCGGGUGGAGAAGCGUACCAAGGGGGUGUUCUUCCCCGUGGGGGGGAAGCGCAUGCUGGCCUUCCUGGACGACCUGAACAUGCCGGCGCUGGAUGAUUUCGGCUCCCAGCCCCCUCUGGAGCUGCUCCGCCUCUGGAUCGACUACAGCUUCUGGUACGACAGGCAGAAGCAGACCGUCAAGUGCAUCAAGGACAUGUUCCUGAUGGGAGCAAUGGGGCCCCCUGGUGGAGGGAGGACUCACAUCUCUGAUCGCCUGCUGAGUCGCUUCAACCUGAUCAACAUGACCUUCCCCACGGAGUCUCAGAUAAAGCGCAUUUACGGUACGAUGAUCAACCAGAAGCUGCAGGACUUCGGCGAGGCGUUGAAGCCCAUCGGGGGCAUCCUGACCAAGGCCACGCUUGAGCUGUACUACGCCAUCAUCGGCCGCUUCCUGCCCACCCCCGCCAAGAUCCACUACCUGUUCAACCUCAGGGACAUCUCCAAGGUGUUCCAGGGGCUGCUACGGGUCAACAAGUUCUACCAAGACACCGUGCAGAGCAUCACUCGACUGUGGAUUCACGAGUGCUUCAGGGUGUUCUCAGACCGGCUGACCGACCAGAGUGACAUGGAGGCCUUUUUGGCGAUUCUGGCGGAGAAACUGGGCUCCUUAUUUGACGUCACCUACCACAGCAUCUGCCCCAACAAGCAGCCGCCACUCUUCGGGGACUUCCUGAAUGAGCAGAAAGUGUAUGAGGAUCUGACGGACUUCAAGACCCUGAAGAACUUCAUGGAGUCCCAGUUGGAGGACUACAACCUGACGCCCGGCAUGGUGCCUAUGAACCUGGUGCUGUUCCGGGACGCCAUCGAACACGUAAUGCGCAUUGUGCGCGUGAUCAGUCAGCUGCGGGGGAACAUGCUGCUGGUGGGAAUCGGAGGCUCCGGCCGGCAGAGCCUCUCCCACCUGGCCUCCGCCAUCUGCGAGUACCACGUCUUCCAGGUGGAGGUGACCAAGCAGUACCGCAAGCAGGAGUUCAGAGAGGACAUUAAGAAGCUGUACCGGCAGGCGGGCGUGGAUAACAGGCCCACCGUGUUCCUGUUCAACGACACGCAGAUUGCGGACGAGUCCUUCCUGGAGGACGUCAACAACAUCCUGAGCUCCGGGGAGGUCCCCAACCUUUACAAGGCUGACGAGUUUGAGGAGGUCCAGAGUGCUCUCAUCGAAGCAGCCCGAAAGGACAAAGUGCUGGAGACUCCAGACUCGAUGUUCAACUACCUGAUCGAGAGAGUGAGGAACAACCUGCACAUUGUGCUCUGCAUGAGUCCAGUGGGAGACCCCUUCAGGAACCGGAUCCGCCAGUACCCGGCGCUGGUCAACUGCACCACCAUCGACUGGUUCUCAGAGUGGCCUCGGGACGCCCUGCUGGAGGUGGCCGAGCGGUACCUGGAUGGACUAGUGCUGGGGAACGUGGAGGGGAUCCAGAACAAAGUGGCCAACAUCUUCGUGACCAUGCACCAGUCUGUGGACCAGUACUCCCAGAAGAUGAAGCUGGAGCUGAAGAGGCACAACUACGUCACUCCCACCAACUACCUGGAGCUGGUGGCGGGCUACAAGAAGCUUCUGCUGGAGAAGCGCAAGGAGGUGGGCGACCAGGUGACCAAGCUGCGGAACGGCCUGUUCAAGAUCGACGACACGCGGGUGAAGGUGGAGGCCAUGUCCGUGGAGCUGGAGGAGGCCAAGAAGAAGGUGGCCGAGUUCCAGAAGGAGUGCGAGGCGUACCUGUGCAUCAUCGUCCAGCAGAAGAGGGAGGCCGACGAGCAGCAGAAGACGGUGAGUGCUCACAGUGAGAAGAUCGGUGCUGAGGAGAUCAACUGCAAAGCCAUGGCAGAGAACGCACAGAAAGACCUGGACGAGGCCCUGCCUGCUCUGCAGGAGGCCAUGAAGGCGCUGGAGUCCCUGAACAAGAAGGACAUGACUGAGAUCAAGUCGUACGGCCGGCCCCCGACGCUGGUGGAGACGGUCAUGCAGGCCGUCAUGAUCCUGAGGGGCAACGAGCCCACAUGGGCCGAGGCCAAGAGACAGCUGGGCGAGUCCAACUUCAUCAAGCAGCUGGUGAACUUCGACAAGGACAACAUCUCGGACCGCGUGCUGAAGAAGAUCGGCCACUACUGCACGCAGCCGGACUUCCAAGCCGAGAUCAUCGGCCGCGUGUCGCUGGCCGCCAAGUCCCUGUGCAUGUGGGUGCGGGCCAUGGAGGUGUACGGGAGGAUAUACAGGGUGGUAGAGCCGAAGAGAGCUCGGCUGCAUGGGGCCAUGUCUCAGCUGGCAGAGAAACAGGCAUCACUCGCUGCGUCCCAGGCCAAGCUCAAAGAGGUUGGGGAUAAGCUGGAUCUGCUGAAGCGGGACUAUGAUGAGAAGCUGGCUCAGAAGGAGGAGCUGCGCAUUAAGUCAGAGGACAUGGAGCUGAAGCUGGACCGGGCCGGCAAGCUGGUGUCAGGCCUGGCUGGGGAGCGCGUCCGCUGGGAGGAGACCGUCAAGGGUCUGGAGAAGGACAUGGGGUUCCUGGUUGGAGACUGCCUGCUGGCUGCAGCCUUCCUGUCAUACAUGGGCCCCUUCCUGUCCAGCUACAGGGAUGAAAUGGUCAUCAACAUCUGGAUGAAGCAGUUUGCCGAGCUGCAGGUGCCCUGCUCCCCCUCUUUUAGUUUCGCGUUGUUCCUGUCCAAACCCACCACCGUUCGGAGCUGGAACAUCCAGGGGCUCCCGUCCGACGCCUUCUCCACCGAGAACGGCGUCAUCGUCACCCGUGGCAACAGAUGGCCUCUAAUGGUAGACCCUCAAGGACAAGCACUGAAGUGGAUCAAAAACAUGGAGACGGAAAGAGGUCUGAAGGUGAUUGACCUGCAGAUGCCGGACUUCCUGCGCACGGUGGAGAACGCGGUGCAGUUCGGGUCUCCCGUCCUGCUGCAGAACGUGCAGGAGGAGCUGGACCCAUCGCUGGCGCCCAUCCUCAACAAGUCCCUCAAACGCGUCGGGGGGCGUCUGCUGAUGAAGCUGGGUGAUAAGGAGGUGGAGUACAGCCCAGAGUUCCGCUUCUACAUCACCACCAAGCUGUCCAACCCCCACUACACGCCCGAGAUCUCCACCAAGACCACCAUCGUCAACUUCGCCGUCAAGGAGCAGGGUCUGGAGGCCCAGCUCCUGGGGAUCGUGGUGAGGAAGGAGCGUCCGGAGCUGGAGGAGCAGAAGGACUCCCUGGUGAUCAACAUCGCCACCGGCAAGAGGAAACUACAGGAGCUGGAGGAUGAGAUUCUCAGGCUGUUGAACGAGGCGACAGGCUCCCUUCUGGAUGACGUGCAGUUGGUGAACACACUGCAGACCUCCAAGGUGACGGCCAAUGAGGUGACAGAACAGCUGGAGACCAGCGAGCAAACAGAGAUCGAGAUCGACACGGCCAGGGAGGGUUACCGGUCCUGUGCCCAGCGAGCCUCCAUCCUGUUCUUCGUGCUGAAUGACAUGGGCAGGAUGGACCCCAUGUACCAGUUCUCCCUGGACGCCUACAUCGACCUGUUCAACCUGAGCAUCGAGAAGAGCCAGCGUAGCCCCAACCUGGAGGAGAGGAUUGAGUACCUCAACGACUACCACACCUACGCUGUGUACAGGUUCACCUGUCGCGGGCUCCUCGAACGGCACAAGCUGCUCUUCAGUUUCCAGAUGUGCACCAAGAUCCUGGAAGUGGCGGGCAAGCUGAACAUGGACGAGUACAGCUUCUUCCUGCGCGGGGGGUUGGUCCUGGAUAAGGAAGGACAGAUGGACAACCCCUGCUGCGGCUGGCUCUCAGAUGCCAACUGGGACAACAUCACCGAGCUGGACAAGCUGAGCAACUUCCACGGGCUGAUGAGCUCCUUCGAGCAGUACCCCCGAGACUGGAACGUGUGGUACACCAGCGCAGAGCCUGAGAUCGCCACGCUGCCUGGCGAGUGGGACAACUCGUGUUCGGAGCUGCAGCGCAUGCUGAUCGUGCGGUCGCUCCGCCAGGACCGCGUGUCCUUCUGCGUCACCUCCUUCAUCGUCAACCACCUGGGCUCCCGCUUCGUGGAGCCGCCCGUCCUGGACAUGAAGGCUGUCAUGGAGGACUCCACCACCAGGACGCCCCUGAUCUUCGUGCUGUCCCCCGGAGUGGACCCCACAGGGGCCCUGCUGCACCUGGCCGAAAGCUCGCGCAUGGGCCAGCGCUUCCACGCCCUCUCCCUGGGGCAGGGCCAGGCCCCCAUCGCCACCCGCAUGAUCAAAGAGGGCGUCAAGAGCGGACACUGGGUGUUCCUGGCGAACUGCCACCUGUCCCUCUCCUGGAUGCCGCAGCUGGAUAAGCUGGUGGAGCAGCUGCAGGUGGAGGAGCCCCACCCUGACUUCCGCCUGUGGCUCAGCUCCUCCCCCCACCCAGAGUUCCCCAUCGCCAUCCUGCAGGCCGGCAUCAAGAUGACCACUGAACCGCCCAAGGGCAUCAAGUCCAACAUGAAGCGGCUGUACCAGCUGGUGACAGAGCCCCAGUUCAACCGCUGCACCCGGCCCAACCUGUACCGCAAGCUGCUGUUCGCCCUCUGCUUCUUCCACAGCGUCCUGCUGGAGCGCAAGAAGUUCCUGCAGCUGGGCUGGAACAUCAUCUACGGCUUCAACGACUCCGACUUCGAGGUGAGUGAGAACCUGACCAGCCUGUACCUGGACGAGUAUGAGGAGGUCCCCUGGGACGCCCUCAAGUACCUGAUCGCCGGGGUCAACUACGGGGGUCACGUGACUGACGACUGGGACCGGCGGCUGCUCACCACCUACAUCAACGACUACUUCUGUGAAAACGCCGUGGCUGUGUCCUUCUACAAACUCUCGUCGCUGCCCACGUACUACAUCCCCCGGGACGGGCCGCAGGCCUCCUACCUGGAGUACAUCAGCAUGCUGCCCAACAUGGAGCACCCGGCCGUGUUCGGCCAGCACCCCAACGCCGACAUCGCCAGCCAGAUCGCCGAGACGCGCACGCUCUUCGACACGCUCCUGUCCCUGCAGCCCCAGGUCACCAGCACCACCGCCGCCGGGGCGGGGCCCAGCCGCGAGGACAAGGUGCUGGAGCUCUCUGCAGACGUGCGGCAGAAGAUCCCAGCACUGGUGGAUUAUGAGGGGACCAGGAAGCUCAUGCAGGACGACCCCUCUCCACUCAACGUAGUGCUGCUGCAGGAGAUCCAGAGAUACAACGCCCUGCUCCACACCAUCAAGUCAUCCCUAGAGGAACUGGAGAAGGGGAUCCAGGGUCUGGUGGUGAUGUCCAGUAAUCUGGAGGAGACCUUCCUCUGUAUCUAUGACGCCCGCGUGCCCCCACUGUGGGAGAAGGCGUACCCCUCUCUGAAGCCCCUGGCCUCCUGGACGCGGGACCUGUGCCAGCGCGUGGAGCAGUUUGCCCGCUGGGCGGAGACCUCGUACCCCCCGACCCUCUUCUGGCUGUCGGGCUUCACCUUCCCCACCGGCUUCCUGACCGCCGUGCUGCAGGCCUCCGCGCGCAACAACAACGUUUCAGUGGACACUUUGUCCUGGGAGUUUAUAGUGUCUACUGUGGAUGAUGGCAACCUCCUGUUUCCCCCGAAGGACGGGGUGUUUAUUCGGGGGCUGUUCCUGGAGGGGGCUGGCUGGGACAGGAAGAACUCCUGUCUGGUGGAGGCGGAGCCCAUGCAGCUGGUCUGCCCCAUCCCCACCAUCCACUUCAAGCCUGUGGAGGCCCGCAAGAAAGUGGCCAAGAGUAUGUACUCCUGCCCCUGCUACUACUUCCCUGUGCGCUCCGGGGGGGCCGGACGCCCCUCCUUCGUGGUGGGAGUGGACCUCAAGUCUGGAGCUGUGUCACCUGACCACUGGAUAAAGAGGGGCACUGCCCUCCUCAUGAGCCUGGACAACUAGGACACCUGUACUCACACUCACUCACAUACUCACACUCACACUUACACUCACUCACACUCACUGACUCACAAUCACACAAAUUCCCAUGCACAUACAACUUUACAAACACACACCCACUUUACACAAACUCCUAUACACACUGAUAUACACAUACACCUAAAUAAAUAAGCACAUGUACAUACACCUAUAUACAGAUAUACACAGAUUUAUUGAAAUAAACCCACUUGGUAUAUUCAUAUAUACCGAUACAAAUACAGACACACACGUCCAAGUAAAAACUUUCACACAGUACUCGGGUAACGCUGAAUGAAAUGCUAACCGGUUGUGGUAGCUCUUUGUCACUUUAAUGCUUCAUUUGUUUACUUUUAAAUUAUUUAUAAAUGGUUUUGAAGAAGCUAGACGGCUGAAUGAUUGCACUUCUUUAUCAGAUAUGUACGUAUAUUUAUGCAGUGAAAAUGGGAAAUAAAGGGUCUGUUCUCUCA